GUUUAGCUUGGUGAACAAGCACCUUGAUCAGUAUUUUUUUAUUAUUAUUGUUAGUUAAUCAAAUUGUUUUCCACUUUUUUAUCUUUGCAAAUUCAAUUAAAGCUUUUUUGCUGUUUCUUAUUUCAUUUACCAGGAUUUAAAUCAUCAACAACAUCCAUUCACCAGCCAUCCAAAGGAAAAGGUCAACAAGUCUUAGGCCUUCAACUCUACCCAUAGUCAACUGUUACCAAACAGCCAUAAUCAACUUUUCAAAUUUCCUUUUUUCUAAUCUUCUUCUUCUUUUUUCUGGUUCCUUUUGUUUCUUUGGAUUAACGGAUAAAUCUUGUCAUUAAAUUGAAUUAUGAGUCUUGUACAUUGUAUUGGAUUGUGUUCACUUUAAAAUUAACCUUUUAAAAUUGUGUUUUCUUCAUUGACUUUCCAUUACAAUUUUUCUGGUUUUCACUUAUCUUUAUACAAUGAAAGUCUCCAUUGGAAUUGGAUUAUCAGCCGCCAUCUCUGGUUUUAGUUUACACUUUGUUCAAUUUAAUUGUGUCUCCUUUUGUUCCUAUUGAUUUGUCCCAACCAAUGAUGGAUUAAAUGCACCUGUGAAUGAUAACAUUAUUACUAUCAAGAAUUUUUUCUCCUCCAUCUUGGGAUCUAUUAAAUCCCAUCAAUUAUUCAUCAUCUUCAUCCUCAUCGCCAUCACCAUCAUCACUCUCAUCCCUCUCAUCAUUGCCAUCAUUGCCAUCAUCAGCAUCCUCAUCGCCAUCGACAACAAUUAAUUAUACCAUUAAUUGUGAUAAUCGUUUAAAAGUAAAAUACCAUCCGAUUGCUCGUACACCGAGUAUCGAAACCUUUUUAUAAUUAAUUUGUAUUGUGAUUAGGGAAUGACUUCCCAGAGAUCAAUUGAAACCCGGAGUCCAGGGUUAAUCAAAUAUAAAAAUCAAAGGAUCACCUUAAAACACUUAUUGAUAGUUGCAUUUAUUUUAAACCAUAUUGGACUAAUACAUGGAACCGAAACAGAUCAAGCUUUAGGUAAUGUUGUCCGUUUACUGCCUUCAAUGAGGAUUGGAAGCCGGUUCAAUCAAGGAUGUGUUGGUGGAACUCGCUGUCAAUUUUUCCUUUCAUGUUGGAUGUCAGGAGGUUCAUUGGGAUCUUCCUGUGGUCCACUUUAUACUUGCUGUAUAACUCCAAGUAGCCAAGAUAUUCAACCAGCCUUUUUUGGUCCAGUUGUCAAUGAUCCUUAUUGUGGAAGAAGUGCAACCAGAAUCAGCAGAAUUGUUGGUGGCUCUGAUGCAUCGUUUGGUCAAUUCCCGUGGCUGGCCUUCGUUCAAGUUGGCGGUAGUCGAUGUGGUGGAGCCUUGGUUGGACAAAGACAUGUUGUCACUGCUGGACAUUGUGUUGCACGAUCUCAACAAAGUCCAACAAGUAUUAGAGUAACCCUGGGUGAUUAUGUACUUCACUCUGAUAUUGAAAGUUUACCUCAUGAAAUAUUUACUGUGACCGAUGUCAGGUUACAUCCAAAUUUCCGCUUCACCCCUCAAGCAGAUAGGUAUGAUGUGGCGGUACUUGUAUUAGAUCGGCCAGUCCAGUACCGGGAUAACAUAAAGCCAAUCUGUUUACCUCAGAAGGGUGCCAACUUUUUGGGUAGAGGAGCAUUUGUUGCUGGUUGGGGAGCUUUGCAAGCAGGAUCCAAGCUUCGACCCAAGGUAUUACAACAUGUCAACGUUCCAGUGAUUGACAAUAAUGUCUGUGAGGUUUGGCACAGACGUCGAGGUAUCAACAUACGGAUUCACGACGAGAUGAUGUGUGCAGGUUACGAGUUUGGUGGACGCGAUGCUUGCCAGGGUGACUCAGGUGGACCUUUGAUGCUUAAUGAAUAUGGAGUUUGGUAUUUGAUUGGAAUUGUAUCUGCAGGUUAUUCAUGUGCCAAACAGUAUCAGCCAGGUAUAUACCAUCGGGUCAGUAGCUCAUCAGACUGGAUCUCAGCUAACAUCUAUCAAGGCAAAAAGUGAAAUGGAGAGUUUAAAGAUUAAUGAACAGCAACAAUUAAAGGAUUAUCAUUUUAAUAACACCUGAUUGGAUGAUGAUCAUGAUUGAAACAAGAAGGAAAAUUUAUUGUUACUUUUGAACCAACCAGAUAAAACAACUUGAAACAAGCAUGCAACAACCAGAAUCAUUAGGCUACCUUUUAUACGAAGGAUUUCAGGCUUGGAUACAUUUAUGCGAUCAAAAUUUUCCUCACUGGACCAACAAUGCCCAAAACAAAAGUAGCACCAUUGAUGGAAACCAAAACUAAACAAGAAAAAGAUUCUACAUCGUCGCUCUUUUACUUUCUUCCUCUGUUGUUGUCUUUUAUUUGAUAUUAGCGAAAGGACCACCAUUAAUCAUCUCCGCUGACGACAUGGAGAGCGAUUUAACUUUGACAAAUCGCAAUUUCCAUCCAUCAACGACAACCAUUAUUGUUAACAAAUCAACUCUGUAAAUCACAUGUCUCCAUGUAUCUACAUGUUUAAAUUAUGAAUUGAGUUUCUAUUCCUCAUUACCCUUUCCAAUUCUCAUCCUUUCGAGACUCUUUUUUGUUUCCUUUUCAAUCCUCAUGUUCCUUAAUCUCACCCUUUUCCUCAAGGAACCAAAUUUAGUUUGUAAAUAGAAUCCGUAUUCUUAGGUAAUUAAUUUUUGAUAAUCCAUUGUGAUAAUCUUGAUAACUUGUUUUCCCAAAAAUUCAACUGUCACCUUGAUUUUGUGAACAAACAAAAUAAAAUGUUCAAUAGGAUGAUGUUUUCAUCCGCAGUUGUAUUACUUGUAAA